AUGGAUAUAGCCACGAUUUCUGGUGGCCAUGAGGACAGCCAGACAACCACAAGGACUUCAGAGGGACUGAGCCAUCAAACGAGGGGUACUUUUCAAUCAAGUGGUUACAUACAUGUUCAGAGGCUGAUUUCCAUUGUCAAUUCAUUUUUACUGCUCCAUGCAGUUGCUUUUGGUUUACCCAGUAACUUGUAUCUGGGAGUGGGCUAUAAUAUAUUAAAGGCAAAUCCAGAUGGGGGUGACUGGUCAUCACUUGGACAGGAUCCAGGUCUUUUGGUGACCAGAAACAUUUUAGACACUGCCGCGGGUGGACAGCACUAUAUUAAAAGUACAAACUACCCACAAUGCAGUUCUGCAUUAUCAACUUGGGUUUUCUAUGACCCAAAAACUUAUCAGGAAUAUUUACGACACUACGUAACGAUCGAUGAGCUGACAGUGUCCAAUGUUUCGUUGUAUGCAUUUUCAGAAAGUCAAUUAUAUCAGGACAUCAAGAGGAAAACAUUUUUUCAGCAUGAUGUUUUCAGGGACGAAAUUUCUGCGUGUCCUUCUCUCCAUGCUCGAUACACUGUUCCAGUUGUCCCUAUUCAUAAAAAUCUUGUUACUCCAGAAUUUGCACGUGAUGCCUGUCGAUUACCAGCCUUAUACAAUUUACAGGCGUAUAAACAUUUUCUAGAUAACUGGGGAACGCAUGUUACCACAGAGGUUGAGAUGGGACAGAAGUCUGCAACACGAUAUAGAUUAUCAGUUGCCAAUCUUGCAGAGAUUUUGUUAAAUUCCCAUGACUCAAACGUCGCUUCAAUGCUGGUAGAAGACUUUCAAGGAUACGGUUCUGUCGUGCAUCUUAAUAUGUCGCAUAUACAGCAUAGCGAUUUCUCCAGGCUUCCUCUCGGCACCAAGAUCUCUCAUUUCACUAUUGGCGCAGUUACAGAGGCAAUUUUAUCUUGGACGAUUAUUCCAAUAUCCCAAGUUUUCUCCAAUGACUAUUGGCAAAAUUUAGAUGAAUUUUAUCGAAAUGGAAUCUGUGAUGGGGAUACGAUGAACCUCUUUCAACUAAAGGAAAAUUUUGUCAAAGCCCUUAACGACUAUCCAAUUGCAAGUGGUGGAGAGAAGCCUCCAUCAGGUAAUAUUUUGAUACACAUUCUAACUUCUCAUUGACUCAUUAUGCCCUUUCAA